AUGUAUUUUAAUAGUACCAGAAUAAUAAAAAUUUACUUUUCCAGGCAUAGGAAAAAUUCAAGCUCUUCACUCUGUUCCUUAGCAACUCAUCAUGAAAUUACUGAUAAUUUAGAUGAUAAUAGAUUCGACAGGAAUCUAACACAAAACAGGCUAAGGCAUCGUCCACCUAUGCCUUUACCCCCACAGACACACUGGUCUGAUCAUGAAAGCGAUUAUUGGAGCGGCAUUGUGCAACCAAUGGCAAAUUCUGAACAUAAUUACACUAAUAUAAACUCAAAAGAAAGAACACAAAGUUUAGCACCUCCGAUUUUACCAAGAAAACGAAAAAGAAAUGAAUCGGCUAUGGAAAGCAUCUCAUCCCAACCGAGGCCUUCACAAAAAACUUUAGAAGUACCUCAAGGCAUCUCGAUACCUCAACAUAUAAUCAUUCCUCCAAUGACUAAUGAUGGAACCUUAGAUUCUCAGACAGAAAGGCAAUAUCGGAUUAAUUCUGAAAUAGUUAUCUCUUAUGAUCAACCUCCUCGGCAAAACAUUUCUUCACAAACAUUUCAAUCUCCCCCAUCUGGAAAACAACUUAAAAAUAAUGAAAUUUCUAAUCAACAAAAAUUGCCAAUACCUUUAGAAAGGAGAAGUCUAAAAUCAUCAAUUACUCCAAAACAACUACCGAUGGCUCUUACAUCAACUGUGUAA